CCUUCCGUCCCGGUGAAGUGCCAAACGCGUGAUUCCAUUCGGGAGGCAGGUUGGUGUGCGUUGAGCCGUUGAUUCCUGCGCACUGCGCUGCGCCUCAAGGCCAACGCCCGGCGAGGACAGGAUGAGGGGACAGCGGGCGACGAGAGGGAGGAAAAUCCCAGUCCAACUCUAGGCGCUUCCCUUCUCCCUUUUCCUUUCUUCUUCCCUGAGGCGCCGGCCCCGCUCAGGUCGGGACCUGCCGCCAUUUCAGAACUCCUAGCUUCUUCUAGUUCGUGGUUGCUGCGCGCCUUGCGUACCCUGGGUUGAGCAUCAUUGGAGUGGAAGAAAGGAAUCAUGUUCAGGAGAAAGCAUGCUUCUCAUUCCAACUCAAGUGAUGCUGAGCAGCAAGAAGCAAAGAUAAAUGAAUUAAAAUCUGCACUUGGUCCUUUGUCUGCCCAUGGCGAGAAGUACUGCAGUGACACAUGUUUCAGAAGAUAUCUUGAAGCCCGGAACUGGAAUGUCACUAAGUCGAGAAAAAUGCUUGAAGAAAGUCUCAAAUGGAGGGCAACUUAUAAGCCAGAGGAUAUUCGCUGGCCUGAUGUUUCUGUUGAAGCGGAAACGGGAAAAAUGUACAAGGCAAAUUUUCGAGAUAGAGAGGGGAGAACUGUAAUCAUUAUGAGGCCUACAAAGGAGAAUUCAACGUCCCAUGACGGUCAGAUUCGGUUUCUUGUGUAUGUUUUGGAGAAUGCGAUCCUGGACCAACGUGAAGGUCAAGAGAAAAUGGUAUGGCUGAUAGACUUCACGGGAUGGACAAUGGCCCAUGCCACACCCAUAAAGACUGCAAGAGAAUGUACAAGCAUCCUGCAAAAUCAUUACCCUGAGAGGCUGGCCAUUGCAUUUCUGUUGAAUCCCCCAAAAGUAUUCGAAGCCUUUUACAGGGCUGUUAAAUAUUUCCUUGACCCAAGAUCGAUCGAGAAACUGAACUUCGUGUACCUGAAGGAUGAGGAGAGCAUGAAGGUCCUGUACAAGUGCAUUGAUCCCGUGGUCCUUCCUGUGGAGUUCGGGGGAAAGAACAGUGUUGUGUACAACCAUGAGGACUACUCCAAGUUGAUGCUGCAAGAAGAUAUCGAAACAUCAAGCUUCUGGGAGGAUGAUGCGAAAACUGUUAACCAUGCUAUCAAUGGGACCUUGGUUCCUGAUGUUGCAUCUCAGCUGUCACGGAUUGCUGCUAAAGCCAGUUAAUGAGCUACUACGAUGGGAGCUAUUCAGAAUGCUUUAAUGGAGUAACUAGAAAGUCGAGCGCCAAUAAAAUGUUCAUAGUAAACAGAAAUAGAGCAAAUAACAGAUGAGAUAUCACUUGUCCAUAGUCGAAAUAGUUGCACUUAUCGAACACUUUAUUCAGUACACGAUGAGUUACAGGAGACUAUCGUAAUGAUGUAAGAGGUAGAAGUGCUACCUGCUUAAUGUACCUCAAAAGCCCUUAAGGCUUUACUUGUUUUAGCCGUGGCUACGGAGAAGCUAAUUCUGGGUUAUGGCUUUU